UCAUCCUAUGCCGGUGAUAGACCAAAUCCUGGCCCGUAUCGGAAAUGGUGCAGUAUGGAAGUUGUCAGAGGUCGGAGGAGUUCUACUACGAGGAGAUCGUGUCGUAGUUCCUGAUAGUUUGCGUCAACGGGUCCUGAACAUAGCGCAUGAAGGGCACCAGGGUGUGCGUAUGAUGAAGUCAUACCUUCGAUCUGCCGUUUGGUGGCCCAAACUAGAUGCAGAUUCGGAAAAAUUCGUGAAAAACUGCCGUGGAUGUAUCUUGGUGUCCACUCCUGAUGUUCCGGAACCUAUGCUCCGUAGGUCGCUUCCUACUGGACCUUGGCAAGAUAUAGCUAUUGACUUUCUUGGUCCACUACCUGGUGGUCAGCAUUUACUGGUGAUUGUGGACUGCUACAGCAGAUACCUAGAAGUCUGCGAAAUGAACUGUAUCGAUGCUAUGGAGACCAUUGGCCGUUUAAGGGCAAUAUUUGGUAGAUUCGGAAUACCAUCCUUGAUCAAAGCAGAUAACGGUCCACAAUUCACCAGUGAGGAGUUCAGGGAAUUUUGCAGUGCCUACGGAAUACAGCUGGUGAACACGAUUCCGUAUUGGCCACAGAUGAACGGUCAAGUCGAACGGCAAAACCGUUCAAUUUUAAAACGGCUACGUAUUGCGCAGGAGCUUGGCAAAGAUUGGCAAAAAGAGCUACACGAGUUCCUUCUCGUAUAUCAUGCGACCAACCAUGCAACGACUGGUGAUGCACCUUCGAAGCUGAUGUUCGGACGUCGAAUACAAAGCAAACUGCCCCAUGUUCCAGUUCACUUCGAUGACGAGGCAGUUCGCGAUUUCGAUACUCUGCAGAAAGAGAAGGGUAAGAACUAUUCCGAUAGGAAGCGUCGAGCUGCAUAUAGCGAAAUUCGAGUAGGUGACGCUGUCUUCGUAAAACGAAUGAAGAAGAACAACAAGUUGGAAGCAGAAUUCGCACCUGAGGAGUAUGAAGUGGUAAAAAAGUAUGGAGCAGAUGUUAUCGUCCGUUCACGGCUAACCGGUAAGGAGUUUCGUCGGAACACUGUGCAUCUGAAGAAAGUUCCGGUGGGACGGGAUGAAGGGCAGCUAUCUCCGGACAAGGAAAUUGAUGGGACUGUAGAAACCGGCAUGGAUGAGGAAUCAUCGAAUGAUCGUGGAGCCGUCCUUCCUCCGGAAAAUACAGUUCGCCGUCAACGUGAUCGGCAACAGCCGUCUAAAUUCAAAGAUUAUGUACCUUACUAGCUAUUUGAAAGUGUAGGAGGGGUUGUGGGGUUUGGGAGCACUGAAAGAGAUGUGAGAAGGAAGACGGGUUGCUCGAUUGAGCAACACACUACACGAUGGCUGCGAAGAGAAGA